AUGGAAGUGGGAACAACGCUUUCUGCUGUGCAAACACUGUUAGCAAACCUGCAAUUACCACAGCUUAAUGAGAUCAUCAAUGAGUUUCAUCUUGGUGAUCUCCAACACAUAUUAUCUUCCAUCAUUGCUGUUCUCCGUGAUGCUGAGACUAAGUACGAGCACUCCCACGGAGCACAAGUUUGGCUCAAGGAGCUCAAAACUAUUGUCUCUGAAGCAAGUGAUCUGUUCGAUAAGUUUGACGCUCUCGCUGAGCAGAAGCAGCUCCUAAAAGCUAAUAAAAGAUGGUUUCGAUGUUUACAGGCUUACACCCCUCGUAUUGGUUACAAGGAAAUGUAUCAAGAGGCUAAGGAAAUUAAGAAAAAGUUUGAAGAUAGUUGUAAACAUUGUCAAUUAUUAUUUCAGCCUAACCAUCAGCCUGUCAAGCAGAGAAAGGUUGAAAGCUGCUCUUAUGUGGAGGCAGUCAAUAUCGUUGGAAGAAAGGAUGACUUGGAGAAGGUCGUAGGAAUAUUGCUUGAUUCUGAUGUACAACAUGAUGUUUCUUUUCUGAGUAUUGUGGGAAUGGGAGGGAUGGGUAAAACUGCUCUUGCUCAACUUGUAUACAACCAUCCAAGAAUAAUGAGUGCAUUUUCAUUGAGGUUGUGGACUUGUAUCUCUGAUCAAGAUCAGAAAGAACUAGAUGUAAAAGAAAUACUUGGUAAGAUUAUGGGUCGAAAUAAUGAGAAUUACACUACGGAGUGGGUUCAACACCAACUUCGCCAGCAACUAUCAGGCAAUAAAUACUUGCUUGUCUUGGAUGAUGUAUGGACGGAAAAGCAUCAUCAGUGGCAUGCUUUAGUGGCAUUCUUGAAAGGAGGUCAAAGGGGAAGUUGGGUUGUGGUGACUACGCGUUCACAAGAGACGGCCAGAGUUAUAGGAGAUGGUCCAAUGUACAAGCUCCAAAGAUUAUCAGAAGAGAGCUCUUGGCAUUUGUUUGAAAGGAUGGCUUUUGGAUCAGAUCAGUCAACCUCCCCUCCAGAUGAAUUGGUUAAGAUUGGGAGAGAAAUUGUUCAAAUAUGUGAUCAAGUCCCUCUUGCUAUUAGAGAAGUGGGUAGUCUUCUACAUGGUCUUAACCGGAGUGAGUGGCUAUCAUUUAAGGAGAAUGGAUUCACCAGCACGAGAAAGGGCACCCAGGAAAUUAUCUCUAUUUUGAAGCAAAGUUACGAUUGUCUUGAAUCUCCAUUGAAGAAUUGUUUUCGAUAUUGUGCAUUGUUUCCAAAGGAUUUUGAAAUAGAGAAAGAGAUGUUAAUAAGUCUUUGGAUGGCACAAGACUAUAUUGUUCCCUCCUAUAAAGGUCAAACCAUUGAAGAUGCCGGUGAAGAAUAUGUUUCAAUAUUCUUGAAGAGAUCUUUUUUCCAAGACAGUAAGAAAAAUAAAUCAGGUGAGAUUGUAUCUUUUAAAAUGAACAAUCUAAUGCUUGAUGUUGCUCAAAAUGUCGCAAAUAAGGAAAUUUGUACAUCAACUAGCCUCAGUGAUAGCGUAGAUGAAGAAAUUCGACAUUUAUCUGUUGUCAGGGGAGGUCAUAGUAAAUAUUCUUCGGGUAAGACCUAUAUCUAUUCUUAUCUUCAUGUUGGUAAUAAUGGUUUCAAAAUUGAGAAGGUGAACAACGUGUUCUUGAAUUCCCUUAUAGAAAAUUGUAAGUCCCUAAAGGCAUUAGACUUGAGUGGGUUAAUGAUCAACAGGUUGCCGGAAUCAUUAGGUGAAUUGGAACAUAUAAGGUAUUUAAAUCUAUCAGAUAAUAUAGAUCUGGAUGUACUGCCUGUGUCAAUUGCAAAAUUACGUUUUCUUCAAACUAUAGUUUUGAAGCGGUGUCGUACAUUGAAAGGGUUGCCAAAAGAUUUUGUUAAGCUAGUGAACCUUAGGGCGUUGGAUAUAACGAGUUGCUUCAAUAUAACUAGUAUGCCCAGGGGCAUCUCUAAGUUGACUUGCCUUCAUAAGCUAAGUGAUUUUGUAGUGGAUGCAACUAAUGACAAUUAUUCAAGUCGAACUCAAUGUUUUGAGGCGUUUCUAGACUUGAAACCUCUUAGCAACCUUAGAGGAUGUCUAAAUGUACACAUCCGGUGGCCCAAAAAUCCUAUUAUGGCUGUUAAGGAAGACGAUGAUCAGGAAGGAUUAUUUUUGAAGAAUAAGAAACAUCUCAAUGCCUUAAAUUUUCACUUCAUACAUGAGGCUGAUGGAAAGGUUGAUAAUGAGGAAGUAAGAAGAAUAAUGGAUGAACUAGAGCCACAUUCUAAUGUAAAGAGUUUAGAGGUGAAAAAAUACCACGGUUUGAGAAUGCCAGGAUGGAUAGCUUCCCUCCCAAACCUAGUAGAGCUUCAACUUGCAAAUUGCAGGAAGUUGCAAUACCUUCCGUGCCUUGGGAACUUGAUUCAUCUAAAAGUCCUAAAACUUAUAAUGUUAGGUGAACUAGAGUACAUAGGGGAAGAUAAUCCAUCAGAUAAUUCCAGCUCUACACUUGAUCCAGAAUUGUUUAGAGUAGGAAGAUCAUCAUAUUUAACCUGCCUAGAAACACUUGAGCUGAGUAGUCUGCCAAAGUUGAAAGCAUGGAGACCAAGAGGAACGGGAGAUGCUCACCUUUUCAGUCGUGCUUGCAGCGACAAGAAGACGAUACCGUGUUUUUCUCAAUUAAAGUCAUUGUUCUUGUGGAAUUGUCCAGAGCUGAGUUAUAUUCCAUUUUGCCCUAGGGUGGAAGACUUGAAAUUAGUUAAUUUCAACGACAGAUUGCGAAUAAUGGAAAAUAUAGGAAAUUUUGAAGAACUAGGAAAUGUUGCUUCCUCAUCCUCAUCUGCACCCUACAGUGGAGGAUAUAGCCAACAUGGCACCACUCGAAUCAAGAAUGUGGCUAUAUCGAACGUGGGUUGGCUUGGUUUACUGCCAAUGGAGGCUUUCCGAUGUCUGGAAAAAAUGGAUAUAUGGUGUGACAAGGAAGUGGAGAGCCUUAAAGAAGCAGAGCAGUUGUUUCGUAGUUGUUCAUCUUCGCUGAAAGUCUUGAUUAUUCACAAUUGCUGCAAUUUACGAAGUGUUGUUUCAGGAGGAUUGGAGCAUCUCAUUGCAUUGACGGAGUUGCAGUUAAGGAAUUGUGAUCAUUUGAAUCUGUCUGAAGUAGUAGAAGAAAACGAGAGUGAGCACCGAUUCUCUAACCACUCCCUCCAGAUCGUGACAUUGCAAGGUCUUCCACAGCUAGUGAAUAUGCCCAACUGGUUGCAACUUCUGCCUGAUCUCCAAACCAUUGCCAUUUCCUUGUGCAGUCGACUCAAAUCACUGCCGGAUUGGUUGUCUAAACUCACCUCGCUAAGAAAACUUAGAAUUUCGAGCUGUUCAAGACAGCUGGAGAGAAGAUUCAAAGAUUCUCAAGGGGAGGAUUGGCCUUGCAUUCAACACAUCCCAGAUUUUGACUUCCGAAAUUCUUGUGAUUUCAGACAAGGUAUAACCUUGGAGGGCAAGGAUUCUUACAGACGUAGGACAAGUGCAAGUAUGUUAGGGGACCAAUUGGAAACCGUAGGACGUGUGAAAGAAAGCCAAAAAGCAAUCAGAGGUUGCUGCCCUGCACCUGCUCGAACAAGCAGCCAUCAUGCUCGAACGAGCAGGCUUGCAGAUCUUUCUAAUCAAGCACAGAAUUUGAUUGAGCUGAAGGAUGCUGUUUUUGAAGUUGAUGAUCUGUUGGAUGAGUUUUCGACUCUUGCUAAGCAAAAGAAGCUCCUGAAAUCUUGUCAUAGACUCUCUGAAAAGGUGCGCUACUUCUUUUUGAAUUUUAAUCUACAACAUGAUCAUGUUACUUAUAGAAUGCCUAAAGGGGUUGUGAAUAUCAAGAAGUUGGAUGUUCUUGUUUGUAGUAGUCACUUUCACUUUAAGCUUGAUCCUCAGCCUAUCAGGAAGAUAAAAACUGAAACAUGUUCUUCAGUCGAUGCAGGGGAUAGCAUUGUUGGUAUGUUGCUUGAUUCUAAUGUUCAGCAUGAUGUUUCUUUCCUUAAACUUGUAUUUAAUGAUUCAAGGAUCGUAAGUGCAUUUCCAUUGAGGUUAUGGACCUGUGUUUCUGAUCAAGAUCAGAAACAACUGGAUGUGAAAGAAACUCUUGGCAAGAUUUUAGGCAAGAAUUAUAUUGAUUCCACCGUGGAUUCGGUGAAAAGCCAACUUCGUGAACAGCUAGCGGGAAAGAAAUACUUGAUUGUCUUGGAUGAUGUAAUGAAACUGAAGUGUGCUGCAAUGUGGAGUAUCAAAUGUACGCAGUUGAAUAAGUCAACUCCAGUUUCAUGUUCUUCCAAAGUAGGACGGACAAUACAGUAG